AUCCAAUGGGUUUUAUCAAGGUUUGGGAAACUUUUUUCUUCUUUUUACCGACUGAUUCUAAAAACUGACGGAGAAGACAUGGCACGCGUGAGGGUGUACGUUAGCUUUAUUAUAAUCUUUAUUGCAGUCACAACAAGCAGCGCCGCACUUUCUGACAAUGAAACAGUGACAUUCAGAGCUACAAUUCUUAAUCAUGACCCAAGUAAUAAUAAGACCCCCGACGCAAAUGCAUCUUACGAUAAAAGUAACGCGAGCCACUUCGCGUUUACUCCGAACUUCACCACUGCAAAGCCCAAGGUGGGAACUACAACAGCGCCGAAUACUGUCCCGGUUUUCAGAUUUCAGAGCGAAGACUUGGAAGAAAGUAUCGAUAAGAAAGUGGAAAAAACAGUGUGGAGCAAAGAAGAGGAGGAUCAACCAGAAGAACUAGAAUGCCCUCCCCUGGGUCUGGAGUCUCUGCGGGUCAAAGACACUCAGCUGCAGGCUUCUUCUAUCAAGCACUACGGACUUGGACCUCACCGAGGUCGCCUCAACAUCCAGUCUGGCCUAGAAGAUGGAGAUGAAUACGAUGGGGCCUGGUGUGCCAAGUAUGAAGACAAGAAACAGUGGCUAGAGGUGGAUGCCCUCCGGCCCACUCUCUUCACGGGGGUCAUCCUUCAAGGACGCAACUCCAUCUGGAGCUGGGAUUGGGUUCACACCUACAAGGUGCAGCUGAGUAAUGACUCCAUGGUUUGGAAGCCCAGCAUGAACGGGAGCAAGGAGGCUGUGUUUGAGGGGAACCAGGACGUGGAGACCCCUGUGCUGGCCCUGCUCCCAGAGCCCAUGGUAGCCCGCUAUCUCCGCAUCAACCCGCAGACCUGGUUCGAGAAUGGAACCAUAUGUCUGAGAGCUGAGGUUUUGGGCUGCCCCAUACCCGAUCCCAACAAUUUUUAUCCUCUGGAAGCUGAACAAGGAUCCAGGGAAAAGCUGGAUUUCAGACAUCACAACUACAAGGAGAUGAGGAAGCUCAUGAAGGCGGUGAACGAGGAAUGCCCUGACAUCACACGCAUCUACAGCAUCGGCAAGAGCUACCAGGGCCUCAAGCUGUACGUCAUGGAGAUCUCCGACAACCCGGGCAUGCACGAGCUGGGCGAGCCGGAGUUCCGCUAUGUGGCCGGUAUGCACGGCAAUGAAGUUCUGGGCCGAGAGCUGCUCCUCAACCUCAUGCAGUACAUGUGCCAUGAGUACAAGCAGGGCAACCAGCGCGUCGUUCGACUGAUCAAGGAGACCCGCAUCCACCUGCUGCCAUCCAUGAACCCUGACGGCUACGAGAUGGCCUACAAGAAGGGUUCGGAGUUGGCCAGCUGGGCCUUGGGUCGCUACAGCUACGAGGGGAUCGACAUGAACCACAACUUCGCCGACCUCAACUCGGUCAUGUGGGACGCCCAGGAGUUAGAGCCCGACAAGUCCAAACUGAUCAACCACUACUUCCCCCUUCCAGAAAACUACACAUCGGAGCACGCCUUCGUCGCCUCGGAAACGCGCGCGGUGAUAAACUGGAUGCAGACCAUCCCGUUUGUGCUGAGCGCCAACCUGCAUGGCGGAGAGCUGGUGGUCACCUACCCAUUCGACAUGACCCGGGACUGGGCCCCCUACGAGCACACUCCCACCCCCGACGACAGCUUCUUCCGCUGGCUGGCCACGGUCUACGCCAGCACCAACCAGGCCAUGUCCAACCCUGACCGACGGACCUGCCACUACAAGGACUUCCUGCAAAACAACAACAUCAUCAACGGCGCCAGCUGGCAUACCGUCCCCGGCAGCAUGAAUGACUUUAGCUACCUUCAUACCAACUGCUUUGAAGUCACCGUGGAACUGUCCUGUGACAAGUUCCCCCACGCCAGCGAGCUGCCCACUGAAUGGGAGAACAACAAGGAGUCACUGCUGGUCUACAUGGAGCAGGUCCAUAGAGGAAUCAAGGGAGUUAUCCGAGACAAGGACACAGAGGCGGGCAUCGCAGAUUCCAUUAUCAAGGUGGAAGACAUUGAUCACCACAUCAGAUCAGCCUUCGAUGGCGACUACUGGCGGCUCCUGAACCCUGGUGAAUACGAGGUGACGGUGAGCGCCGAGGGCUACUUCUCGAGCAGGCGACUGUGCCGCGUGGAGUACGAACACUACCCCACCAUCUGCGACUUCCACCUCACCAAAACGCCCAAACAGAGGCUGCGGGAGAUCCUCGCCAGGGGCGGCAAGAUCCCCAAAGACCUGCAGCUGCGUCUGCGUCAGCUGCGGCUGCGCAAGCUGCGUGCAAGCACCAAGGCCAUUAACCGGCGUAGGGCCCGGGAACACAGGGCCAGGCAACGCAGGGCCCACUAAUGCAUCUCUGGGGGGACACACACAUUAUUGCUGUAAAUAGGGCUUUCAGCCAGCAUACUACUGAUUGUAUAAGUGUCAUGUAAAUAGAUCCAAACCCCACAAUUUAACAAGUGCAAUAGGAAGAUGAUAGAUGGAUGUUAUUACUUGGGGAGAAAUGAGAGGGGUUUUAACAUCAAAGCCACAGGAAUCAGCAGAAAUGACAAGGAAUGCAUGGAAAAAUAGGGUUUUGUUUAUUAUUUGAAAUGCCUUAGAAUCUUCCAACCAGAUCCUCAGAGAGAAAAAGUUAUCAGUCACAAAGAAUCCCAUUGAUGGCAGGUGACUCCCAUUUUUGGAAAUAUGAAUCCAUCCAUUUUCCAAAGCGCUUAUCCUACUGGGUCGUGGGGGGUCCGGAGCCUAUCCCGGAAGCAAUGGGCACGAGGCAGGAAACAACCCAGGAUGGGGGGCCAGCCCAUCACAGGGCACACUCACGCAUCAGUCACUCACACAUGCACACCUACGGACAAUUUAGCAACUCCAAUUAGCCUCAGCAUGUUUUUGGACUGCGGGGGGAAACCGGAGUACCCAGAGGAAACCCCACGAGAACAUGGGGAGAACAUGCAAACUCCACACACAUGUGACCCAGGUGGAGACUCGAACCCGGGUCCCAGAGGUGUGAGGCAACAGUGCUAACCACUGCACCACCAUGCCUGAAUCCAUCCAUAUAUAUGAAAUAACUUUGAAAUAUCAUGCAAUAUUUUUCUAUUAAAUUGGUUUAGAUUAAAUUAAUGGAAAAUGCGAUUUAUUUUUAAGGGGAUACCUCUUUUUGAUGUUUCCUUUUUGAAUAGAGUGUGCAGUUGCAUUCGAGUGGCUCUCACAGGUCAUUUUUAGUGGGACUUCAGGACAUUACAGUUUAGAAGCUUAGAGAUUAAAUUCUUACAGUCUGGAACUCGUAAGUGUUGCAAUAUGAAAUUAUAUGAACAUAUGUGUUGUAAAGUUUCAACAAUUCAUAUGUAUUUUUUUCUGCACCAAAUGGAAAUAAAUGCUGGCAUUAACUGGUCCUUGCAAGUCAAGAGACUUUUAUAUACAAGAUAGCAAAUAAAGCUUUGCUUACAACACA